GAGUAGAGUUAAAGCCUGAACACAGUGCAGACACGUACAUAACCCCCCUCCCUGAGCACAUGCAGUACUAUAUAAAGUGACUGAGGGCAGAAAGAAGACACUAACUCAGACAUCCCCAGACUCACCCAUUGCACAGUGCUAACAACACAGAUAUGUCCGCUGUGCCUCUCACUAGGAUGCUGACACUCGGCUUUCUCGCUCACCUGCUGCUUUUCUCCUUCAUCCCACUCUCUUUUUCCAUGGAAUUUGAUGAAGAUACCGGCAAAGAAGAAUAUUAUAACUCGCUUAACAAGAGAGGAAAUCAGUGGGCAAUUGGGCAUUUAAUGGGUAAAAAGAGCCUGCAAGACACAUACAAUUCAGGUGAACAGGACAAGGAGUCAGAAGACUUUCGUCUGAGGACCAUGGAAAACAUGAGAGGCACCUACUUGCGAGAGCCGCUUAGACCACUGUUGCCCAGCCAGCAAGAGGAAGUACAGUGGAUAUUAAAGAAGAUCAUGGAUCAUUAUCUUAAAACGUCUCAGAAGUAGUGAAGACAUUGUUUCUCCUGUACAUACAAAAAUAUAUAUAUUUGUGCCUGAGAUAUAAGACUUAUUUCACACAUUCCAAAGGCUGUUCUUUACAAAUAAAAUCAUAUAAUGCUUCUGCAAGUCUGAGCAUUUCUGUUUCUGGAAUUCGUUUUUUUUCUACAAAAUUGUAAAAGUAAAAAGCAUCAUCUAUUUCGAAUGUGUACUGAAUAUUUUUUCUGCCAUCUGACCUAUUGUUCUAAAGAAAAUUGUGAAUAAAAGCUU